CGUCCCUCGAGCUUCGUGAUUCACUCAACUCAAACAAGCAGAGAAAGGACAGCAGAGCGAGACUCCGUCUGUUCGUUAACCGUCUCACCGCGGAGCCCCGAGCACACAACCGAGAGAGGAGCAACGUAGAGAAGUUUGUCCACGCCAAUAGUUCGGUUUAACGUUUAUCUUCACUCACAGUCGAGUAGUUUUAUGUGAACGUGCAGGUUAGGUCCACCUGCUCGGUGCGGUUCAAACAUCACAGGACGCUACGGUUCACCUGAGGUGCACGAAGACGUCGUUUGCAUGAAACUGUGGCCAGAUAAAAGCAGUGGAUGCAACUACGCUCCAUUUAUAGAAGAAAGGUGGAAGAUUGGGAGAGGCUCUAAGGAGAACCAGCCAACCACGGGGAGUCACACUUCAACCAACGUUCCCUCCAAACCCAGCCUGAAGCACACAAUGUCCCUCAGCACAUUCCACCUCAUGCAGACCCUGAAGAACUCUCCUGCUGCAUUGCGGCGUCGCUUCCGCCGUGACCGAACAGAGUCUUUGUCCCAUGGCGAUCCUCUAUUUAAAGUCCACUACCUGGGCACGGAAAAAAUCUUCUCUCUGGAUCGAGAGCAGGCCCAGGACGCUAUUACUCAUUUGCUAGAAGGUAUCGCUAAUGGAAAGAAGCUGAGCAAAGAUCACGCUCUUGUGGUGCGCCCCAGAUACGUCGAGGUUAAGGAACUGAGCACAGGACGGCAGCUCACGAAGACGUACCUGCAGGACAUUGCGUACUGUGCCGCAGACGUCAACCGACCCAAUGUCUUCUUGUACAUCUGUAAACAUCAUGGCCAGCAACUGCAGUGUCGGGUGUUCUGGUGCAGUCGGGCAGAGCGGGCACGAGACAUGACGGCUUGCCUGGCACAUUCCUUCCAACGGGCGCUGAGCGACUGGCAGCAGGACGGCUCAGCCACGCUUGCAUCCGGAGAGGUGAAAGGAAAACGUGUUGAAGAAUCGUCCAACUCUCAUGCUAACACAAAGAGCUCAACGCUGCCUGCCAGUCUGGGAAAAGUUCGCUGGAAGAAGAGAGGCUCUGUAUCUCGCAGCCCCCUCAGAACCAUCACCAUGAGAGGAUCUGCCUCUGACACCUGGAACUGAAGCCCACUAACACUUCAAUGUGGGACCACAUUAACCUGAUGACAACUUCAAGGGUGAUGGCUCUGAAAGAACUGAGGGAGGGACUGAUUAUAAGGCAUAAGAAAGGGGAGGAAAGUGGGAAGUCCAUAUUUGGAUGUAUGAGGACUGCUAGUGAGAGGAUGCUGCCAUAAUCGGUGGACUUGAAGGUUUUUGAUGCCGCAAAAUUGUUUCUUGACUUUUUCAAGAGUCACGUCCAGACACGGCACAAAAUGCUAUUGACAGCUCCCUUUGUUCACAUGUCAGCUGAUGUGUGUGGACUUGUGACUGACUGGACACAAGGCCAUUUGAGGACUAGAUUGGGGCAAGUCCAUGUCUCUUUUUGGUUGGCUUGUUUGUACUCUGCUUGAUGCUGAAGCCACCAAAGAAUUUGUUCUGUUGGAAAGACACUAACGACAGUACUGUCUGUUGGCCAAAUAUUCCGCAGGCAAAACUGGGGAAAAAGACUAGAAGAGUCUGGAUUUUUUUAGUUAGAUUUUUUUUUUAUUUAACUGACAUUUGUGACAGGUCAUGAUUUAUUUAUUUUUUUAAAACCCCGUGGCAUAAGCAAGCUUGUGUUCUCUACCUUGGAAUUAGAUGUACAAAUUUAAAAUGGAUGGAAAAUUCCGGCACAUAAUACAAAAGUAGAGUUGGUACAUUUUGAGCAUGUUUAAAUCAGUCCUAUAUUAAAUAAUCUUACAGUUCCAUUGAAGAAAUCACAAACUUUUUUUUAAAGAGGUCCUUGGUUUCCAUGAAAUGUAUUACAGGCGCAGUACCUGCAUCAUUAAAUAAAAACAGACCCCAGCAGAACUUACAGGGUCAAAAAAACCCUCCACUUACACAGCAACCUCCUACAAAAAAAGCUGAUCCCAACAGUCAUCAGCGAGGUUCUUUGCAUUUAUGUGGAAAAACAAACUCUGCCAUGACUUGCGGGUUUUUGUUUGUGUGUGUGUCUGAACACUGGGAACACAGUGUUCCCAUGUGGAGCCUGUGUGAGGAAUGCGCAACCAUGCACCUGCAUUCCAAUUGGGGGUGGGGGUGGGGAUUUGAGAUCGGGAAUCUUCUUAAAAGCCCCAAAUUCCUCUUCAUGUCCAUCCAUGACUUUGCAUGUUGAGCAGCCUAGUCAGUAAUUGCGACAGAGUGCUUUUAACUCUUGAGUCCUCUGCUUUUAUUCACAUCACCAAAGCCAUAAAAGGUGCCCUGGCUGCUUAAGUCCAUUUAAAGUGAUGGUUCUAGGCAUUGAUAAGUGCUGCAUUGCAUAACACGCUCUCAUGAUGGUGAUUUCUAUAUUAAGGUUUACAAAUGAGAGACUUCAGGAUUAGUGGUAUGCCUUGAAGCUACCGUUAACUUCUCAUUUAGUGUUUUCUGACCGAGACUAAGCUAGAACUGUCACCUUUUUUUAACAGGAAAGGUGUCAGGGUUUUUUGACUGAUGUGCCUCUAUGUUUUUGUUUUUUUGUGAAUUUUAAGUUUUUGUUCCAAGUGUAUCUUUUCAAUUACAAAUGGCACAGCCCUCAUCUCAGUUAAGGGGUUCAUGCCUGCUUUAAGGUGUAUUUUUAUCAAUGUACUGUUUUAUAUCAUUGUACAUAUUUAAAUAUGUAUUUUAUGAAAUAUUAAAACUUUUAAAACAGCA